AAAUCACAAAUAUAAAACUGAAAAGGAAAAACCUAAUUUUUUUUGUCAGUAUAUAACUUCUUAAUUAGAAAUUUAGAAUAUAAAACAUAAUCUAAAAACAUAAUUAAAAAUUAAAAAAAAAGUUAUUUAUUGGUUCAACCAAUGGUUCAACCGGUAUCGGGUUCCGGGUUCUACUGAGUUUUUGUGGAUUUUUGCGGGUUUCUAAAUAUUGAGUUUUUCACAAAGCCCAAACCGGAUUUUUUUCUGGGUUGCCGGGUUUACCGGUUCAACCGCGGGUCUUGGUCGAGUUUCAAAACACUGCUUAAGAUAGAUCAUAUGCAUGAGGUAAUGCUUGCAAGGUGUGUAAAUUCUCUGUUUAUAUAGAUUUCGUAAAUUUGUAAUUGAUUGAAAAUGUUUUAAAAUUUAUCUAUUUGUCAUUUGAAAUUAUUAACAUGUAUCUAUCUUAGAUAUAUGUUUAUCUCCAAACAUAAGUAACUUAAAUUAAAAUUUAGUUUAAAAUUUAUUAGUUUGAAAUCAAAUGAGGAUAAACUUUUCAUUUUUACAUAUAAGAAACAUAGUGUUUUUUGAUUUUUUUUUUCAAAUUUAAAAUCACAUUACAGUUUUUUUAAAGAUUAUUCCUUUACAAUUAGAUUAUGAGAAUUUGUAUAGUUACUAAUUUAAAUUUUAAAUGACAUGUAGCUAUACCAUAGAAUAAUUAUAAUUUAAAUAAAUGGUCUGGAAAAGAUUUGAAUUUGUUAGAAAUUUCAAAUCCGCAAAUAAAUGUUUAAAUUGUUGAAUGAAAUAGAAAAUACAUGAAAGUACAACUAAUAACUAUAGAAGUUGACACAAAUUAAAAACACUUAAACUUUUUUAUACAGAUACAAUGUUGAGGAUUUGCAAAUUUAUAUGCGGUUAUUUUUAUAAAUAAAUUUUGGAUGCAUAUACAAUAUUAUUUUAAAUUUUAAAGCUGAUACUUAAUUAUUGUAUCGUUUGUUAGAUCUUUGUACCGUAAAUAAUUCAUGUAUGUAUAUUUUGAUACAUUGUUGAUAUCAAUAAUUACAGAUGAUAGCAAAGUUUCUCAAAAUUCAUUACUUAACGGUCUUUCACCAAAAUAAAUAAAAUUUACACAGAAAAUCACUUAUCAAAGAAAAUCUAUUUUCUAGUUGAUUUUCUCGGUGAGAAAUAUGUUAGUUUGUUUAUUAUUCUGUCAUGCUAUAAGAAAAAAAUUGGCCACCAGAUACAACUGCUAAACCUAAAUUUAACUUUCAUAAGAAAAAUAUGGCUAGUUGAUUUAAUUAACUAUAAUGGUCGACAAACCAGUUUCCUCCAUUAAGCAUGCAUGAACUUGUGGACUCUAAUUAUGUUACUUGAAAUGUUAAUAUUUAUUUUGUUAGUUUAAGUUAUAUAUGGAAUAUUAAUUUCUCUUUUAUUAUAAUUUAGAAUUUUUGACAUUAUAAAAAUUAAUAAACUAAAAUGUUGAUUUGUUACAAUACGAUUGAUGGUUUUAAAUCAUAUGUGGACAUUCUUAAUGGUUUAUAGCCUUAAUUUUUUUUUAAAUUAAUAAAUUAAAAUGUUGAUUUGCCACAAUAUGAUUGGUCGUUUUUAAUCCUACGAUGGCUUAUAGCUUCAACUUUUAUAUAGUAUAGAUUAUACAACUGUAUCUUAUUUUAUUUACUUUUUAUUUAUCAAUUAUUUACCACGUUCUAUUUUGACCUAACACUUACCGCGUUAAUUAAAUCGAUCGAUAAGAGUAACCAAACAAUGACCAUUUCAUGAUUCUAAUGAAUACUUGUGCAAGCGCACAUAAAUUUGCAUUACAGAUGAUUAUGUCCAAUGACAAAACGUAUAUGUUUGACUAACACAUAAGCAGCACAUGUCAUAGAAAUAUGUUUAUAACUUUCUGUUAUACAACUAAUCAAUACUCAUAAGAAGUCUAAUCAACACAAAUAAUAGUAUUAAUUAAAAAUACAAAAUAAUAUAAAAUUCGUUUUUAUUAAAAAUUUAAUUAGAUAUUUAAAAUUUUUAUUUGAAUGUCUAUUUGUGUCUCCCAUGAAAAAUAAUAUUUUUAACUAACUGUUAGUACCAAAUUAGAACGUUGGCUAAAAUUUAAAAUAAUAUACAACUAAAUAAAAUUAUUAUAAAAUUUUUAAAUAUAAAUAAUAAAAUAUAAACUUAUAAUAGAUUAUCAAUAUCGAAAAUUAAUUCAUAUUGUCAUGUAAGCAAAUUUUAGUUUUUUCCAUUACUAUUUUUUUUUGAAUUACAUUUUAAAAGUUUAAUAAAAGUGUAGAGAAUCACAAAUCAAAUAGUUAUUCAAUUUUAUAUACUAUUAAAAAGUAUAUGAGAAAUUUAAUCAUUUUUUUAGUAAUAUAAUCAGAUUUUUUAUGUUUUUAUAGGAUCGACCAGUGUCAUGUCACAGGUUAAUAGUAGAUUUCUGGACUUUGUCAGAUUUUUAAUUAAUAGAGAUUUUCACUAAAUUCAAACUGAAUUAUAUAACGGUCGUCGGUUUUACCAGUUCGUCUGUGGGUCUGGAACAAAUAUAAAAAAAAUUGUCUAUAUUUAAUUUCAUUUAUAAACAUAAUGUAACUCACUAAGAGGAGUUAAAUAAUUUGUACAAAUAUAAUGAUUUCUUGGCACUAUUUAAACAUAAAGACACUAUUAGGCCUCAACAUUCAUAGAUAAUUUUUAAAAUUUUGGAUAAAAAUAUUCAGGUAAUUUUUUUUCCGGAUAAUUCCGUUUAUGAAUUGUAUUUUUAGGAUAUUUGGAUAUUUAGAAAUUAAAUAUAAUUAAUAUUUGUAGUUAUAUAAUCUGUAUCUCAAAAAUUUAGGUACCCAUUCGGCUUUCGGUUCAGUUCGGUUCUGAUCUGGUUUCGUUUUUUUGGUUCCAAAGAUAAAGAAUCUUUUUAGUUAUUUAUGAAUUUCGAUUCGAUUUUGGUUUUUUGAAUCUUCGGUUCCACAUAAAUAUGUUCAUACAUAUACACUAUCUUAUUUAGAAAUAUAUAAAAGGAACUUUUUUUAUUCCAAAAGCGCGGGUUAAAAUCUAGUAUAAUCUUUACAACAGAAAUUAAAUCAGAGUCAUCAGACUCCCCCGUUUUUGUAACAUAUAUUCGAGUUUAUACAUAAUAUAUCUAUAUACGUUAUUAAAUUAUAUAACAAAAUGUCCCAUUAACAAUAUUCAUUUGAAACCUGGAAACGAACCAAAAAUCCUCAAAACCAAAACCAGAUCAAAAUUUACAAAAAUCCAUAUGAAUUUUAUUUUCUAAAAAAAAACCAAACGGUUAUCUAAAGAUAUUGUUUUUUUCUUUAAAUAUUAAUUAUUUUUAGUUAAAAAUAAUAUUUGUCUCAAAAUAUAAUUUUAUAUAAAAUAUUCAAAAACCCAAAUUACGCAAUUUAUAAUUUUUUGGUUUUAAUUCAGUUUUCGAUUUUUUAUGUUUUUUUUUCAGGUUUAAAAUCGACUUAUGUAUCACACAUUUAUAUUUUACCUUGAUCAAUGAUAAUCUGGAUGAAAAAGAACUUUGUUCCCAUUUUCUAUCUUAUUAACCUUACUUCGGGGUCUGGGGACCCAAAUACUUUUUCAUUGACCAUCCAUUUUACCAUAACAUAUUAUAAUUCUUCAAAUCAUCCUUUAUUUCAAUGCAUUAUAUUAACUUUUCCGUUGUGUGGUAUAAUAGCUUGAAGUUGGUGCGUAUAUUGUCAAUAAGCUGUUUUAAAGCUACUAGAAGUGCUAAUUGUUUACCUUUUUGUGGAGAUAUUAGAAGUGCUAACUGUGUUUUCAAAUAUAUUAGCAGAGAAUGUGGGUAAAGCUUUUCAAUUAGUUCUUAACUAACAUAGAAUUAUAGAUAUGCAUCAUAGUGACAUCUACAGAAAUCAAUAAUAAAAAGGUAACUAUUAUUCUAACAGUCUCCUUCUCAUGUCACCCGGUCAACCUGACACUACAUAUAUGAUUUAUAAUUUAUAAAAAGAAUAAAAUCCAAAUUCAUGAUUUUAUACUCCAGAUUUUGGUAUAAAAAUGGAUACAUUUUCCACGCAAAAAAGAAAUAUUUAUUUAUAUAAGAAAAUUCACACAAGUGAUAGUUCGUUCAGUGAUUCAAAUAUAAAAUGCAAUAAUGAAUGUUCAGUUUCCCUUACCUUUAUUUAGUUUUAUUGGCAAUUAUUAUUGUUCCAGGCUUUCAGCCAAAGAGAGACCUAUUCAAAAGGGGUUGCCCUCUUUCUCCCAUCAAAAGUCCUCAACCAAACCCCACUUCUCCAAAACUGAAACAAACAAAAAUACCUAUAGUGAUCUCUUUCUCUUAUUCGAUUUUAAUCACUGAAAUGGUUACUACACAUCAACAUUAUUGGAUGAAAAGGUUAUCAAUAAACCCACAAGCUCUUCUUCUUCUGUUCUUCUGCUUCUUCCUCAUUCACCAUUGCGACGCCUCGAGAGCCUUGUCACCAUCAAGCGUUUUCUACAUAAUCCCUAAUGAUGAUCACAACAAAAACACUAUGAGGAGAGACCAUUUCUUUGUGAUCUUGCCAAGACACUUACCUGUUCCAGCUUCUGGUCCUUCACGAAAACACAACGACAUUGGUCUACAAGCAUUGUUGUCUCCAUGAUCAUGCUUACUCACUCUCUCUCUGUCUCUCUUGUGUAGUUUAUAUAAUGUAUUGUAAUGCAUGAACUUACACAAAACAAGAGUAGAAAACCAUUCAUCGCCCUCUGAUGUUUGAUUUGACAUGUACACUGUUCAGAUGUUUGACCUCUUUUUAAUUGUUUCUUGAUCUCUUGGUUAUUUUUUAUUUUAUUUUUUUUGCUAAAAGUCUUGGUUUUUUUUUUUGGGGUGUUGCAUUGCAUGUAACUUCUUUAGAGUAUAAGUGAAAAUAAUGUACUGGUUAGGAUGGGUUUUGUUA